UCCCGACACUGGGAGUGCUGCAGACGCGGCGGAUCCUCACUCACCCACCCCAGGCCGGGGCCUCUGGUAGGAGCUUGUGCGGCGGAGAGGCGGCGGGGAGCCGAAAUGGAGCAACCACAUGUCCGCCUUUGGGUAAAAUAUGAAACCUUUGUGAUUGGAGUCUUGCAAAUCCCACCUCCCUCAAAAUUCAGCAUGCACUACCUUCGAAAGAUGGCGACUUACGUUCGAACAAAGGGAGAUGGUGGCUAUCCCUGCCUUUCCUGGCCUAUGUGGAGACAUAUUGCCUGUGGAAAGUUGCAGCUAGCUGAAAAUCUGGCGUGGCUGUAUUUUGAAACAUUUGACAUUCUUCUUGAGAGAACUGCAGAGGAGAGGUUGCAAUGGGCUGAAGAGGUAUCUCACUGCAAAUCUGAAGAAGAAAUCGACAAACUGAAAAACAAGUUAUCAGUGGACACACUGCAGUUCCUGCUGUUUCUUUAUGUUCAGCAGCUAAACAAAGUUUCUCUUCGUACAUCAUUGAUUGGAGAGGAAUGGCCAAGUCCCAGGUCACGAUCGCCUGAUCUGGAUGUAAAAUCGAAUUCUCAGAGCAAGAAUAUGGAUGACCAUAACCAUCUGGCAUUUAUUCUGAGCCACUUGUCAGAGUUGUUGGAGCUUCUGCUUGACCCUGGGCAACUCACCAUUUCAGCCCACACAACCCAUGACAGCAUGAUAUCUGCAGAAGCCGUUAGAGCCCUGAACUUUCUCUUUGAAGGAAGUAUCGGACGGAAUGAAGCAAUUCAUCCUGUGCAUGAACUGGCUUUUUGGCAACCAAUUCUGGCCACAACUGGCUAUUCCAAGCUUUCCAAGAUGUUCCAUUUCCAUAAACUGGAAGCCUGGUUGAGAAGUGUGCUCGGACCCAAUCCAUUCGGCACUGCAGUCUGUUUCCAAAAGGGAAAGAAGCUAGCGUGGGCACAGCAAGUUGAAGGUACGACCAAGCGGGCCAAGAUUGCAUGCAAUACGUACACAGCACCUAAAGGCCACAAGGUGGUGAUAAUGACACAAGUAUACAAGCAAACCCUGGCCAAGAGCUCAGAGCAGCUAGUUGGAGCCCAUGUUAAAAUACAUCGCUGCAAUGACUGCUUCAUAUAUCUCUUAUCUCCUUUAAGGUCUGUCAGUAUUGAGAAGUGCAGAAACACGACUUUUGUUUUUGGCCCUGUCCAAACUACUGUCCACAUCCAUGGCUGUGACGAUGUCAAAGUGAUAGUCAUCUGCCGCAGGCUUUCAGUCUCGUCGUCAUCUUCGUGUACUUUCUACUGUCUCGCAACUACGCGCCCUCUUAUAAUGUCUGGGAACUCGAGCUUAACAUUUGCCCCAUACCAUACCUAUUAUCCAUUGUUGGAGGACCACAUGGCUAGAACAGGCAUUGCUACAAUUCCCAAUUACUGGAAUAAGCCAAUGUGUGUUGGUGUGGACAACAAUGAAAUGCCUGUUUAUCAGCUGCUGCCUCCGAAGGACUUUUAUGUGUUUGUAACUCCAUUUGAAAUGCAGGGGGACUCGGUGGAGAUCCCUGGAGGACUACCACUGCCAUAUGAAAAGGCUAUUAAACAUCGGGAGCAGAAAAUCCAGAAUUGGCAGAAGAUUGUUAAGGAAGCAGGACUCAGCAAGGAGCAGCGCAGGUUAUUUCAGAACCUGGUGGAGCAGGAAUUUUGUGAAUGGUUAGAUCAGACAGGACAUCGUCAGCAGCUGGACAGUCUUAUUCCAGCGCCUUCCCCAAAACAGAUGGCGUCUUGAUUAUCCCUGGAAUAUUGGCUAUUACUGAAUUAAAUCUGCUGUAUUACUGUUGUUUCAAACUACAUUGUAUGUGUUGUGGCUUGGAAAUGCAUAAUUCAGGUAUAGUUGAGUUCUGAUGCGUGUUCUUGAUAAAUUGGUUAAUUAUUAAGGGAAAUUAAGCGCACAUUUCAGAAACCAGUGCUGUUAACUGUAUUUUGAAUAGAUUAUAUUAAACUUGUAAUUUUUUUUCAAUUAUGGUAUUUAAGAUUUUAUUGGUUGCAGCAUCAUGAUUUUUGUCAUAAUUUAAUUUAUGUUUUCAACAACAUUUGUGUUUAGUGUCAUCGUUAAUAUAAUGGCACUAUUUCCCAAAGCUUUAUUUUUUUAUUAAUGCUUAGGACUAAUUGAAAUUCACUUCACAUUUGAGGAGCUUUGGGAAACAAAAAUCCUCUGUACUGUGGACACAGCUUUGGAUAUAAGGGAAAAAAACAUUUAUUGAACAUGACAACUUGAGUAUUUGUAUUAGUCUUGUUGAAAUAUACAUAUCAAUUUUUUCCCUGAUCCUUGGUCAGUUUUAGUAUUGAAGUCGAGAUGGAUUGCCUGAAACAGUCUACUUUAAGAGACAUUUCCUUCAAAACUCUAGGGUAAUAUGAUGAAUCAAUAUCAUUUCUGUCGGGUUGAUUUUCGUAUUUAAACUAAAAUAAUUAAAGUUUCCUUCAUAAUGUGUUUUCACUGUGGCCCUGCUUCUGGCCGUGACGUGAAUGGACCUUUGAAUCCUCAAUAAACUAUUUUAUAAACAGGAGAGGUGGCCAUCUUUUGCAUCCCUGCCUGUGUAUGUUCACAUUUCUGCUGACAUUAUACUUUGAUUUUUCAGGUAUUUAAGAUCAUUUUAAUUCUGGUUUCUUCCCCUCACUUGUUUUUCUCUGCCCUCCUCUUAAGUGAUCUUUCACAAGUCAACAGGUGUCUAUUGACAAUGCAUUGGCAAACCGGUUGAUUCAGUUGAAGCUCAGCGUAUUCUUCAACUGACUUCUUCAAGUACUUGUUUGCAACACAGUGGGCGGCACGUGAUCAGAUGCAGAAGUUGGUGAUGAUUUAAUGAGGGGCUGCUGAUACCAAUUGUAUUGUUUCUGUUGCUGGGAUUGGAACUUGGUGCUUGCAAGGUCCACUGAGUUAGCUGACCACAUUCUGAACUGUCUCUUCCAAGUAACUUUUUUAAUCAGUUUGAAAAUCAGAGUUCCUCAACAUUUACCUCAAACAAAGCUUGUAACUAUUAUUUGCAACUGCCUUAAACUGCAUUUCUGGCGUUGGUAAUGUUUAAUAAUUAUUAUUUUUGAGAAUGUUUGCUUUGUACUGUACAUGUUCAAUAACAUUCUAGAAUGCAAACAAAAGCUAACUAAAUGUUUCAGUAU